AAAAAAAAGAAAAAAAAAACAAAAAGAAAUAAAUACACAUUUUUAAACAAAAAAUGGAUUUGGAGGACAAUGAAAACCAGCAACCAGUGGGCCUCCCCACCUUUGGAAUACCCAACGAUCCUCUGCUCAAGGCAGUGUACGAUCUAUAUAGGCCACCGGAUGGUAGCUUCCGGCUGAUGCAGAGCGAGCGGAACCGAGACACCUUUUCGGAGGCCUUCAUCGAACACGAGAACGUGGGCACUUUGGCGGAUUUGUGUGUGCGGGCUUUGGCCAAGCGUGGAACUAGGCACAUCGUCGAUCCUGUUCGUCUUAAUCCUCUAUGGCUGCGCAUCCACUAUGACGCCAUUGACGUGAACCUGCCGCUGCGAGAGUGCUACUUUGUGGAGGAUGUGCGCUUCUGGAAGCGAGUGGUGCUGUCCAAGAGCAGCGAACAGUGUCUGUCGCUGAAAGGCCUCAACGAAUACGAUUGGCGUGGCAAGGGCAUGAGCAUCAAGUACGUGGAGCUUGUGGAAGCUUGCUCGGCAUCUAUGUGGCCUGAACGCGAGAUGACUGAGCUUGCGCUGCUGAUACGGAACUAUGUGCGCUCCAUGGACAUCAGGCACCUGCAGUCUCUUUCGGAGUACUCGCUUCGGAGGCAGGAACAGCAUUCAAGUGACACGGAGCCGGAAGUGAGUUCGGAGGUAACUGAUGGCAUGGAGAUCUCCAGUGACGAGAUCAGCACCCCAAAGUCUCAGAGCGCUGAGGGUGAAGAGGAGCAAGAGACCGAACCAGCUAGCGCUCCACCCAAGCAGACAUUCAUCAGGGACAACACUACGAUUGGUUUUAAAGUGGCAGCGCACUACGACGACUCCGAAGAGUCCACAUCCGAUAUGGAGAGGAGGGAUGCGCGCCGAAAUCGGAACGCGGCUCGGCAGAAGCUGCGGGAACUGAAGGUUGCGCAGGAGGCGGAGCAUGAGCGACGUAAGCUGCGCCGCAUACAUCUACUCCAGCGAGCACCAGGCUCACCGCCAAAGAAGAAGAAACGUCCCAAGCCUGUCAGAGGCGUCUUUGAUAUUGAGGUGGAGCCCGAACCAGAUGAUGGUGAGGAAAAGAUUCUGGACCACCGGAACAAAACAAAGUACUUGCAAUCUCUGAAGCAGUUCGAUUAUGACGAGGACACCUGCCACCACAUCGACCUCAGUUUCGUAGGAUACUUUGUCAACCUGGUUUCGCUGAACUUCGAAUUCCUUGGCCCGGGGGCUGGUACCAGCUACCACAAGCGUCACCUACGAUUCUCACUAAAAGACAUGGUUCACCUGGCCAAGGGGCUGGCGAACCUCGAGAACCUGCAAAUCUUUCGUCUGCGAAAUAGCCGACUGAAUUCCUUCAAAUUGUAUCCUCUCUGCCGGGUGCUUCGAGACCUGCCGGACCUAAAGGUGGUAGACUUUGGAUACGCCCAGAUGACCGACGAUUGUGGGCCUUACUUGGGCAUCCUGCUAGAUAGACGGCAUAUGCUGAAGGCUCUGGAGCUGGAGUACAACCAACUGGACUUGAGGUCGGUAGCAGCAAUCGGGGUGGCCCUGCAGAGGACGUCCCACUCCAAGCUACAGUACCUAGGGCUGGCCCACAACAGACUGAGCAGCGGAGCCCUGAUUCACCUGUGCGAGCGCAUAAUCGGCACCGAGCACGUGGAGGAGCUGAAUUUAUCCGCCUUAGGAAUCAGUUCCCAAGGGGUGUUGGUGGAACAGGUUGGCCGCCUGCUGCGCAACCACAAGCCUCUGCGAAGGCUGGACAUGGCAGCGAACCCCCUACCCGCCACAGCGAGGAGGGAACUGAUUUGUGCCCUGGAGGCCAAUUCUAAUAUCACAUACUUCGACUGCCGGGAAUGCGAUUUCGAUGAGGACGAGGAGUUCGAGGCAGAUAUGAUCGUUCGACGGAAUAUAGCCAUGACAGAAAACCCGUACAUCCGCGACACGGAGCAGUUUCCGGACACGGUCGCCCUACUGGAGCACGCCAAGUCUCUUAAGGAUCCGAUGGUGACUCGAAUUGAAGAGGCCGUGGCCCAGCGGGAGGAGUGCUUCCGGAACUAUCCGACCUGGAAGGCCAGUCGUGUUUCCGUCGAGGAGGUAUCUGUACUGGAGAAGGAGGAUUCGGACUACGAUAUCUGGACAGUGUUUGCGCGCCAAACCCAGACAAGUUCGUUUCUUCAACCGAAUUAUAACGAAAAGACGUGGGCAGUGUUAGAUCCAGGCUCCCAAAAGAUAAGCCAAGCCUCAUCGCCAAAGUCAGGUGUAUUCAGCUUUAAUCCUAAUAAAUUCACCAUCGAGCAGUUCCGGGAGCAUGUCUAUCAGCCAGGUCCAGGAAAUCGGUACAAUUACUUUGCAGAAAGAAGGGAUUCAAAAAUCUAGGG